CGUGAACAUAUUUCAAAAGUGAGAGGGGCAGAAGUGACGUGGCUGGUGGAGUCAAGGUUUACGAGCAGCUGGGAACGAGAAUAUAAACAAGGACUGUCUGGCAUACAAGACUUAACAGUAAAAUGCGCAAGGAUGUCCGACACUGAGAAUCAACGAGACUUUCUAGAAACUGAUGAUGACUUUAAGGAGUCGCCGUUCACUGAUGCAGUUAGUGAUGCCAGUGAGGAAUUUAAACGUGAUGCCUCAGACAAGGGUGAAGCGACUUCUGUUACAAUGACGAGGAAAAGGCCUGAAAGUAAGUCAUCCACGGAGUCGGAAGAAGCAUCCCAAGGAAAGGACAAGGACACAGAUGCUGGACAGAAACACAGACCUUCUGAAAAUUAUCAAGGUGGCUGGGGAUACUGGGGUAGCUGGGGCAAGUCUCUGAUAACAUCUGCUACAGCAACUGUAGCUACUGUUGGUCAGGGAAUCUCUCAUGCCAUAGAGAAGGCAGAAUCCUCUCUUGGGAUACCUUCUCCAACAGAUAUCUCUGGUGAAUUGAAGAAAGAAGAAACCGUCGAUGUUCUUUCAACAACAGGUGAUGCAGCCAAUGAUAAGUCAUCUAGUAACACCUCUCAUAUUGGUGGUGCCAUUGGAAUGUUUUCCUCAUUGACAAAUGUGGUUCAAAGCACAGGAAAAACAGUUCUAAGUGGUGGUCUUGAUGCAUUGGAGUUUAUUGGAAAAAAAACAAUGGAUGUCAUUGCAGAAGGCGAUCCAGGAUUUAAGAAAACCAAAGGACUAAUGCUUAGAACAUCUACUUUGUCUGAGGUUUUAAGAGAAGCUAAAGAGAGAGAAGAGCAACAAACAUCACAGCUGGUCGAUACUGAUACUACUAGGAAGGCACACUAUGGGAUGCUAUUUGAUGAGUUUCAGGGGCUUUCUCACCUUGAAGCUCUGGAAAUUCUUUCUAGUGAAAGUGCAGCAAAGGUGAAAUCUGUGUUUACAACAUUGUCUGGAGAGGAACUGGCCAAGUUAAAAGAAGAGUUGGAAUUGAUCAAAAAAUCCUUUUCAUUGAUUGAAUUUGAUGAGGAAGAGGAGGAGUGCAUUGAUGAUGACGGUGAAGAGUUUGUAAAAGAAGUGACAGCUGCCAUGGCAGAAAUGAAAUUAAUGGUGACUGCAGACAAACUUGUUCAGGCAAGAAAAAGAGUAGAAGACUGGAUGUCUGACAUUAAUACACAAAGAGAAGAGGAAGAGAAAGCAAGAUGCGUUACUGAGGAAAUUCAUGCAUCUGCAAUUAGAAGCUUGGCAGAAUUAACAGCCAGAGCAAUAGAGCAAUUCCACAAAAUAGCAGAACUCGUCCUUCAUAGUCAGGAGGAAAAGGAAACAGUGUUGCAACAGGCCAAGAUUCUCUCACAAAUGACUAUGAUUUUAUGCAAGGAAGUCUCAGUGCUGUCAAAGAAGUUUACAUCCUCUUUAACUGUAGUAGGGACACAUGAAAAAGGAGAUGUUCUUAAUCCACUGAUUACUGGCAUUUUUCUAGAGGCCUCAAACAGUGCGUCGUAUAUCCAGGAUGCAUUCCAACUUCUGUUGCCAGUAUUAGAAAUCUCUUAUAUCCAGUCAUAUAUGAGAACUGCAUAACAAUAAAAAUACAAGGUUGGGCUGCACAAGUGGGAAAGUCGUGUCAAAACAUCCUGCUGGUGGUAGUAGUA